CGACCGGGCCAUAUCCGAUUCCAUCAAGCGGCAAAUGAUUUGUCUCGUGCUUGAAUACAAUGCAAAGCAGACUCGCAGAGCCGCCACGUGGUUCACAUAAAUUUAAGUGGCAACCACGUAGCAGGAAAACGCACAAGAAAGUAACGCAGAGCCCCCAUGUCAUGAGCCCUCAACGCCACGUGGUUCAUACAUCCUAGUGGGCAACCACGUAGCAGGCAAACGACACAAGAAACCGACCCUGUUCCUGCAAUGCUAACUUCACUGCACCGCAUAUACACAAAUCCCAAUAUCCCACACUCUAUAUCCGAUGUCUCAAUUGUCUGUCAUUCAAUCCCAAUGACGACCAGUGAUGUUAUCCUUGAUUCAACCCAUUUUAUCCUCUCCCAUCCAGACACAACUAUAUAAACCACUCCUCCCUCGAUUGCCGAAGCCACAAAGACUUUCUUGCAUUUUCCAUCGCGAGAAAGAGAGAGAAAAUCAGAAUGGCAACUCUAGAUCUAAGAGGAAUGGGAAUCGAUCAAUCCCUAAUCGACAUCCUCCACGACAUCAUCGACCUCUCAGACGAGCAAGACAAGUCAUCCCACCAAGCUCCGUCGCGCGCCUACGUUCGUGACGCCAAGGCCAUGACGGCAACCCCAGCGGACGUGAUCGAGUACCCGAACGCAUACGUGUACAUCAUCGACAUGCCUGGGCUGAAGAAGGACCAGAUCAAGGUCCACAUGGAGGACAACAUGUUGGUUGUGAGUGGAGAGAGGAAGAGAGAGAGGGAGAAAGAGAAGGAAGUUAAAGAAGGGAUCAAGUACAUAAGGAUGGAGAGGAGGUUAGGGAAGUAUUUGAAGAAGUUUGUUUUGCCGGAAAACGCGGAUCCGGAGAAGAUAUCGGCGGUUUAUCAGGAUGGCGUGUUAACUGCGACGGUGGAGAAGAAGAAGCCGCCUGAGCCCAAGAAACCCAAGAGUAUCGAAGUGCACGUCGCGUGAGGGAGGUAGGGGGUUUUGAACUUUGAACCAGUUGGUUGACUGGUUUUUUGUUGUCCUACGUGUCAUAAAGUUUAGUUUUUUUUGCGUGCUUGAGUAUGUUGAUGUAAUCAUACGUGUCUUUGGCUGUGAGGUACCACGUGCGAGUGCGGUUCCUCUACUGGGUUCUGUGUGUACAGUAGGAAAAAAAAAAAUCUUCAACUCAAGUCGUUUACAAUUUUGUUUUUCUAAAUACUUUUUAAAUUAAGCGUGAAAAAUAAUAAUAUCUGGUGAGUUUCAAA